AUGCGAAGCCCGCCCCCGGACACAUUGGACCCGGCCAGUGUUGAAUGGCUCCAAACACAGCUCCGACAAUGCGACUAUCACUGUGGCCUUGGAAAGCCAGAGGUGCCAUUCUUACCCACCAGACUGAUACAUGUCGGUCAGAACGAGGAUGACGCACCUCGACUUGUCAUCGUUGAAAACAUGCUCGAAUCUGGUAUGAUCGAUGCUCUCGACUAUGCGACACUGAGCUAUUGCUGGGGAUCCAAAGAAGACGCUCUCAAGCAGACAAAAACCACAAAAGACACCAUUUUGACCCAUUGUCAAGGGAUGCCUCUUGACUCCUUAAGUCCCGUCAUACGGGACACCAUCAAGGUCUGCAGGGCGCUCGGUAUAUUCUACCUCUGGGUUGACGCUUUGUGUAUCAUUCAAGAAGACAAUGUAGACUGGGACCGAGAGAGUCAAAUGGUGGGACAGAUCUACCAUUCUUGUUAUGUGACUAUCUGCCCUCUCUCUUCACAGUCUUGUCUUGAAGGCUAUCUCGGACCACGACCGCAGGGUCUUGAAGUUGAAUUUCAAUCAUCGCGCCAUGAACAUAUCAGAGGUACCUACAGACUUAUUCUUUCAUCGACAAACAUGGACGCAGACAUAUUGGAGGAGAGCAAAACACCAGUAGUUUAUAAGGAUCUUGAGCGAUCCGCUUGGGAUCGAAGGGGCUGGACCUUUCAAGAGAGUAUUCUUUCACCCCGCAUGAUCCUGUUUGGGCCCAACAUGGGCCAUUUUGUCUGCGAAAACCUAACAGGAUCUGAAAACGGACACAUCGACCGCAAUAAGAUCCAUGGUCAACUACAAAUUAUGAUUCGAAAAGCUCUUGGAAAACCUUACGAGGAGCUGGAUCGCUCAGCGAAUACCAGGGCAGAUGUUUACAGCAGCUGGGGUGCUGUUCACGAGGUCCAGGAAAGAGCCUGGACAUAUCGCGAGGACAUGUUCCCCGGAAUUGCCGGUAUCGCUCAGGUAUUCGCAACACUUACGAGCGACACAUAUUUGGCAGGCCUGUGGAAAGACGACUUAAGUUACCAGCUGCUUUGGUACAUGCCGGAACCACCACCCGUCGAAUUGGCAUCACUUGUGCAUAGCUUGCAGCACGCAGAACCGUACAUCGCACCAUCAUGGAGCUGGGCUUCCCGAACCACGUACCAGGAGAACUUAGCGAAUAAAAAAUUCGAAUCACCCGGUGUAGGUGAUCCAAAGGCGACGAAAGGGAAGUUGGGGAUACGCGUUAUCAAACCCUCCGGGGAGAUGCCUUGUCACAACAGACCGGACUUUGCACUGAUAGAUUACCACAUGGAUUUCCAAGGCAGCAACAUCUUUGGGCCUCUUACUGGGGGUUUUCUUCGAUUCAUGGGUAGGACAUGCCCGUUUCCUUCAAACGUCAGGAUGGAGGCCGUGGAACACAUUCAUUCUCCUUCAUUGUGCGGGAAAUUUUCAGGCGGUACAGGGAUUUGCAUGCUCGACUAUGAUAUCGGCGAAACCUUGAUACGAGCGCCAGAGAGUAUGCGAUUGUUUUGGGUGUCGAGCUGCUGCUCGGCAACGUUGGCAUGGAGGCGUAUAAAGUUCUUUGAGAACUGCAUUAAGGAAGACCUUGACGAAUGGAUGCAAAGGGAAGUAGAGGUUAGCGGUACAUCGUUUCCUAACGGCUAUGAGGACAUCGAUGUGUGCCGAUACUGCGCUGAUCCGACGCACAAACGUACGAGAUAUGGCCUUGUGAUUCAUCCUGCGGAAGAGCCUGGAUCGUACGUGAGGGUUGGAGUCUUUAUGUUGUUUGCACAUAAGGGGGGUAUGGAUCUCUUCAAGGGUGAGGCGGAGGAGAUAAAGCUCAUUUAG